ACUUUCUUAGUUUUUGAGUUUCUAGAGAGAGAAAUUGAUAGGGUUGGGAAAAGGGUGAGACGUGCGAGGGAAUUGGCGAUUGGAUUUCAGAGACUUCGGCUGUUCGAAAGAAAAUUCAUAAUACCCAAAUCCCUGAUUUCGCGAUUAAAUAUAUCAAAUUCUCGAAGAGAGAGAGAAGAACGAGUCGCUUUUAUUUGCCCAAACCAAGAUAAUUACUUCUUCUUCUCCGUUAUCCGAAUACCCGAAUGCCCCUUUUCUUCCCUCCUUGAUUGAUCUUUUUCUCAGACCCUUUCCGGUGAUUUCUUGGCCGUAUUCCGUUUCUUAAUCUGUUUUCGACUUAAUAUGUUCUAUAUUUGAUUGAUUUCAUUAUUUAAACUUUUGGGAUUUCAUUUUCCCUUUUGAAUUUUAGCUUCUUUUUGUUUUUAUUUGAUUUGUUUUUUUUUUUUUUUAAUUCUUUUGGCAAAGUUAAAGAGAGUUCCAAAAGCUCGUUUCAGGUAAGGAAAAGGGUACUUACUUCGAAUUUCUUUUGUUGCCUGCUUUUUUCUUCUGGGUAUUGAGAUUUUAUGUAUUGGGUUUGCUGCACCCUUUUCGUUGCCUUUUGUUUUUGCGCAAAACUGGGGUGAUUCAGAUGAUUCAGGAUCGGAUUUGAAGCGAUUUCGUUGUAUUGAUCGAUUCUUUUUGUGGGUUAUUGGGGGCUUGAAAUCGAAUGUGUUGAAAUUUAGAGGGGCUGUUUCUUGCCUUUCAGUAAUUGCUGGGGAUUGAAGAAGAAACAGCCUGGGGUUAUGAUUAGAGUGGAAUCUGAAGAAUUGGUGAUUCUUGUGUUUUGGGUAUUGGGUGUUUUGUUCACUUUGAUUCUGGGGAUGAGGAAUGAUGGAGCUCUAAAGCAACAGGGAUCCGUAGCUCGCUCUGGGCGGGCUCAUGGUUUCAUAUCAAGUUCAUUCCGGGCCUUCUCUAGCUACAUGAAGAACGUUUCUUCUGGUGCUUCGACUGUGGCACGGUCGGCUGCAUCAGUGGCAUCUUCUUUGGUGGAUAAGGAUGGUGAAGCAAAAGGAUCCCAGGUGAACUGGGCUGGCUUUGACAAGUUAGAGAGGGAUGACAAUGUCAUUCGACGGGUGCUUCUGUUGGGUUUUCGUUCCGGUUUCCAGAUUUGGGAUGUCGAGGAAGCAAAUAAUGUCCAAGUUCUUGUUUCUCGUUACGAUGGUUCUGUUUUGUACAUGCAAGUGUUACCCAGACCAAUACUAUCAAUGAGAUCAGGAGAUAAGUUUGCAGAAAGUAGGCCAUUGCUAGUACUUUCGGCUUCUGGUUCCAUUGCUGCUGCUUUUAACAUACAGGAUCAAUUAGCCACUUCUGGCAAUGCAGCCAUCUCGAAGGGCCAGGAACUAGUAGAUGGGAAUUUUAUGCCUACUUUUGUUAGAUUUUAUUCGCUGAAGUCCCAAACUUACGUGGAUGAGCUCAAAUUUAGAUCAGUCGUUUAUUCGGUGAGAUGCAGUCCCUUGGUUGUUGCCAUUUCUCUGGCAACUCAGAUACACUGCAUCAAUGCUACAACUUUGGAGAAGGAACAUAUAAUUCUUACAAAUCCUGUUGUUUCUGGUUUUCCUGGAUCUGGAGGAGGUAUAGGUUAUGGACCCCUUGCAGUCGGACCUAGAUGGCUGGCUUAUAGUGGUAGUCCGAUCACGGUGUCAAAUACAGGACGAGUGAUUCCACAGCAUUUAAAACCUUCUGCUAGUUUUUCUCAUUCUUCUUCAAAUGGAAGUUUAGUUGCUCACUAUGCAAAGGAAUCGAGUAAACAACUUGCAGCAGGCAUUGUUACGCUCGGUGACAAGGGUAUUAAGAAACUGUCGAGGUAUUACUCCGAUCUCUUACCCGAAAGCUACAAUUCUCUUCAAUCAGGUACUCAGGGUAUUGGAGCUCUUAAUGGCCAUGCGGCAGAUACAGAUAGUGUUGGAAUGGUUAUUGUGAAAGACAUUGUCAGCAAAGUGAUCAUCACCCAGUUUAAGGCACAUAAGAGCCCGAUUUCUGCUCUAUGCUUUAAUCCGAGUGGCAUCAUCUUGGUAACGGCUUCUGUUCAGGGUCAUAGCGUAAACGUUUUUAAAAUUAUGCCAAGUUCGUGCUCGGAUUCAUCUGCAUCUUAUAGCCAUUUGUACAGACUGCAAAGAGGCUUCACUAACGCAGUCAUACAAGACAUCAGUUUCAGCUACGAUAGCAACUGGAUCAUGAUUAGUUCCUCUAGAGGGACGAGCCAUCUCUUUGCUAUAAACCCUUCUGGAGGGCAGGUGAAUAUCCCAUCUGCUGACAUUAGCUCUAUUACUAGAAAUGGCAGUCCUGUAGUUCCUGCACGACAAAUCGUUCGACAAGUUGAUUCUGGUUCGCGCGUGUCUAGUAAACAGAGCCAGUGUGCUACUGGUAGUCCACCUACACUUUCUCCAAUUACUAGACUACACCAUGGAAGUAAUGGCUGGCGGGGCACUGUCAGUAGUGCUGCAGCAGCUGCAACUGGUCGAGUGGGUAUUGUUUUGGGAGCUAUUGCUUCAACUUUCCAUGAAUGCAAGGGAAAUGCUUUGCACGUAGACAAUGGAUCGUCUGAGGCGAGGUACGACAUAUUAGUUUUUUCUCCAUCUGGCAAUAUGAUACAGUACGCAUUGCGAGUCGGUUUAGAUUCAACUCUAGUCUUGCCAAGAUCUAGCACAGCUCUUGAAUUAGCCCCCGAGCUGGAUGCAAGACUAGUGGUUGAACCUAUCCAGAAAUGGAAUAUAUCUCAAAAGCAUAACUGUCGAGCUCAAGAUAAUAGCAUAGACAUAUACGGUGACAGCGGAGGUUUUGAUUGCAAGAAAAAUUAUUGUGAAGAAAUGAAUGGGAACUCUAUUGUUCUUGAAGCUAGUGGCACUGUCUUGAAGGCAGAGACUUGUAGAGAGGAACAAUAUCACCUGUAUAUUUCAGAAGCGGAGCUGCAGAUGCAUGCUGCUCUUACUCCACUGUGGACAAAACCUGAGAUAUAUUUUCAAGUGAUGGCAAGAGAUGGAGUUGAACGAGAUGAAAUAGAUCGUUAUGGAGAACUCGAAAUCGAAAGGAUUCCUACUCGUAUGAUCGAAGCUCGGUCAAAAGACCUGAUUCCAGUUUUUGACCAUCUUCAGCCGCCCAAAUUUCCGCAGACAAGGUUGUUAAAUAGUAGUAGCGACCCGAAAUCUAUCCGAUCUGAAAAUGGAAGGCAAUCAUGGAGGAAUGUCACGAUUCCUCACGGCUCUGUUAUCGGAAACGGACCCGAAGGAACCGGUAGGCAUGGUUACAAGAUGGUGACAGAAACCAAGGGCACUGUAAAUGAAUAUGAAUGCCCAAGGUCACAGACCCAGCUUAAUGAUGUAAAUAAUUGUACAGAGAGCUUAAGCAUGGAGUCUCAACCCAAGUCUGUAAAUAAUCAUAAAAGUGGCCUGGGAGUGGAGAAUCAUUAUGAAGACCACCAAUGUGAUGAGCUUGAGUAGAGGUAAAUAAUUCUAGCAACUUUGCUCAACUCUCAUCUCUUUAGUUAAUAUUCUAUUCUGCUGAUGAAGUGUUGGUCUUAUAAGAAUAUGAUCCCUCUGGUUUGCUGUUCAUUCUUUUGUUUCUCCUGGAAGUUUUACUGAUGGGUGUAUAUGGCAAAUAUAGAGAAGAGUUGAUACAGUGUUCAUUUAAGGGCGUUUCGUUUAAUGGCACCUUUGUAAAUAACACAGCUAUAGUAUUAUCUCUGUUCCGAACUAGCUGUUUUGUAAUGUAAAUAAUAGACGUGCCAUUAGAACUGACUUCGAUAGUCGAUAUGAUAUUAUGAAUAAUUUGAAUGUGAUGGUGUUCUUGUGCUGGUCUGUAUC